AUGUGGUAUGCAGAAAGAACUAAUAGGGAUCGUAACCCAAGUAUGCCGCAAUUUGGAUUGUGCUGUGUCAAUGGAAAAGUUCAACUUCCUUUGUUAAAAAUUGCUCCGGAUACAUUGCUUCAAUUGCAUGCUAAUUUCAAUAUGACGAGCCGCCAUUUUUUGCGAAAUAUUAGAGCGUACAAUAUGAUUUUUUCCUUCACCUUCUUUGGAGAAAAAGUGGAUGGAUCAGUAAAUCAAGGUUCUGGCUUUUACUGUUUUAGAGUUGGGGGGAGAGUUCAUCAUUUAAUUGGCAGUCUUCUUCCUGCUGAUAGUCAGUCUCCAAAAUUUGCUCAACUUUAUAUUUACGACACUGAGCAUGAAGUGGACAACAGACUUGGUUGUCUAAGUUCCACCAGUACUGAAGAUAUGCUUGAUCCUGAAAUUAUCCGAUUAUUGAAGGAGAUGUUCGAUAAGCACAACAGUAUAGCUCAGUCUUUCAGGUACGCUAGAGACUGUUAUAAGGAAGAUGACUUUAAUGGUGUAAAGUUGAGGCUUAUUCGAAGGCGUGGUAGUGAUGGAAGAGUUUAUAAACUUCUGACAGCAUCCGAAGUGGCAGCUUUGAUUGUUGGAGAUAUAGACAGUGCUAUGGGCGAUAGGGAUAUCAUUAUUGAAACACAAGAUAGAGUAUUGCAGCGCAUCGAUGUGAAGCAUCCAUUAUAUCUUGGCUUGCAGUAUCCAUUGUUAUUUCCAUACGGUGAAGACGGUUAUCGUGAUGAUGUCCAGCGUACUGUAUCCAGUGGUAGGAAAAAUGCAAGAGCCAUGAUCAGCAUGAAGGAAUUUUUUUCGUUUAGACUUCAGAUGCGAUCUGGAGAAUCAGAAAUUCUACAUCGAUCAAGGAAACUUUUCCAACAAUUUCUGGUUGAUGCAUACACUAUGAUUGAGUUUGAACGGCUUAAUUUCAUUCGAUAUAACCAGAGUCAUCUAAGAGCUGAGUUGUACAAAAAUAUAAAACAUUCAUUAGAUAGCGGUGAAGAUGCAGCACUGAGCACUGGAAAACGUAUCAUUAUACCUUCUUCAUUCACAGGCGGACCUAGAUAUAUGGCUGAAAAUUGUAAAGAUGCUUUCGUAAUUUGCCGUUGGGCUGGAUAUCCUCAUCUUUUUAUAACAAUUACCUGCAAUCCUAAGUGGCCAGAAAUCACACGAUUUGUUAGGGCCAGACAGCUGAACCCUGAAGAUCGGCCUGAUAUUCUAUGCAGAGUCUUCAAGUUCAAAUUGGACCAGUUGCUACAUGAUUUAAAAAAGGAAAAUAUUCUUGGCAGAGUCAUUGCAUAUGUUUGUACAAUCGAAUUCCAAAAGCGCGGACUACCUCAUGCUCAUAUUCUUCUAUUCUUGAACCCUUCAAGCAAAGCUGAAAGUGCUCUUGAUAUUGAUAAAUUGAUUUCAGCGGAGAUACCUGACAAGGAAACGAAUCCUACGCUGUUUAUGGCUGUCACGAGUUACAUGAUACAUGGUCCAUGUGGUCCUGAAAAUUACAAAUCUCCUUGCAUGAAGGACGGACGGUGUUCAAAAAUUUUUCCAAAAAACUUCUGCUCCCGUACUUUGAUUGACGAUGAUGGAUUUCCUCAUUAUAAGAGAAGAAAUGAUGGGAGAGUUGUGAACAAAAAUGGUGUUGAACUUGAUAAUCGUUAUGUUGUGCCCUAUAAUGCACACCUUCUUUUAAAGUACCAGGCUCAUAUCAACGUUGAAUAUACUUGCCAGAGAAGUGCCAUUAAAUAUCUUUUUAAAUACAUCCACAAAGGGAAUGACAGAGUGGCAACUGCCAUAAAUCAUUCGGACGAUGAAAUAAAAAUGUUUUAUGACUGCAGGUAUAUCUCCGCAUGUGAAGCAGCUUGGAGAAUAUUUGGAUUUGACAUUCAUUCAAGAUAUCCCCCUGUUCAGAUAUUGUCAUUUCACUUGCCUAAUGAAAAGAACAUUAUUUUCAGUGAUAAUGAUUCGUUGUAUGAUGUAAAGACAAGGGCGGAGUCUAGACUGUCAAUUUUUGAGUUUUGGAUGGAUGCAAAUAAAAAAUAUCCAGAAGGUAGGCAUCUAACUUAUGGAGAGUACCCGACUGAAUUUGUUUUCAAAGAAAAAACACAUGAAUGGAAUCCGAGAAAAAAAGGAUUUUCCAUUGGAAGGAUAAAUCGUUUUUCUGCCAAUAAUGGAGAAGAUUCAUAUCUUCGCACCUUGCUUAAUUUUCAAAGAGGUUGCACCAGUUAUGAAGAUCUUAGAACGAUCAAUGGCGUGGUUUUUCCUACAUUUAAGGAUGCGUGCUAUUCUUUAGGACUUCUGGAUGAUGACAAUGAGUACAUUGAUGCAAUUAAGGAGGCAAGUUCAUGGGGAUCUGCUGCUUAUCUUAGAUGCAUGUUUGCUCUGUUGUUAUUUGCCAACUCAAUGAACAGACCUGAAAAAGUUUGGGAAGAGUGUUUGAAAUUUUUAUCCGACGACGUUGUUUAUCGGCAUAGGAAAAUAAUAGGACGUCAAGAUGCAAUUCUUACAGAAGAGUCUAUAAAAAACAUAACUCUUGAAGAAAUUGAUAAGGUACUGCAGAGCAAUGGGAAAUGCCUCUCUGAUUAUCCGUCAAUGCCACACAUCAAUAGUGAAACUUUGCUUGAUAUGAAAAAUCGAUUAGUGUUGGAUGAAUUAAUGCAUGAUAGAUUUGCUUUGGAAGAGGAGCAUAAAAGACUAAUUAAUUCCCUCACUGAUGAGCAGAAAGCUGUUUAUGAUAAAAUUGUUUCAGCAGUUACGUCAGGUAAUAGAGGGUUAUUUUUCCUAUACGGGUUCGGUGGUAUAGGAAAAGCAUUUAUUUGGAAUACUCUUUCAGCAUCUAUUAGAUCAAAAGCUGGAAUCGUACUUAAUGUUGCUUCUAGCGGAAUUGCUUCCCUUCUGCUUCCUGGAGGACGAACAGCGCAUUCUAGAUUUCGUAUUCCUAUUCAAAUCAUGAAGAUUCAACGUUUAAUCAUUUGGGAUGAAGCUCCAAUGGUACAUAGAUUUUGCUUUGAGGCUCUGGAUAGGACACUGAGAGAUGUUCUUAGAAUUUCUGAUACAAGCUGUGUUGAUAUGCCAUUUGGUGGAAAAGUUGUUGUUCUAGGAGGUGACUUUCGGAAAAUAUUACCUGUCAUUCCUCAUGGUAGCAGACAAGAUAUAGUUCAUGCAACCAUCAAUUCUUCUCAUCUAUGGUCCCAUUGUCAUUUAUUAACUUUGACCAAGAACAUGCGUGGGACUUCCUCUGUUGAGGAUGAUGAAAUCACCCCUGAGAUCUUAAAUACGUUAUCAUGCUCAGGGAUUCCUGAUAAUAAAUUAAUCUUGAAAGUUAAAGUUCCAGUAAUGCUAUUAAGAAAUAUUGAUCAGUCGAGAGGUUUAUGCAAUGGCACGAGAUUGCUUAUUACAAAAUUAGGGAAUCAUGUUGUUGAGGUAAUUGUACUUACAGGAAGCAAUAUA